UCUAACUAUGGCUCUGGCUAUGCGUACGCUGAUCGAGGUGGCCGAACAUUAUCCUCUGAAGUCCCCUAGAGAGUCUAGCCGUCGUUUGCCUGCUAAGGAAAGCGCUGUACUGACCCUUGACGACAGAUACCAUGCACACCAAUACCGCAAGCCACGCGCUGCUGCUCGGCGCAACCCUCCAGCUCGCAAACGCGAUCGCGCUUCCAGAUCCUACACCAGUGCCCGCGAAAGUCGAAGCUCGAGCGCCCCUUGUUACCCCCGCAGCGAUCCGGUUCGAAGGCGACCGCAGUUAUGUGCUCGACAAGAGGAACAUUCUCUCGGACAUCCUGAGCGGUGUCGACGGCAUUGCUCAGUCGUGGGGAAGUGUGCUUGGAACAGAUCUGCCCAGCUUUUUCACGGAUGGCAUACCCGCGUGGUGGCAGGACUUGCCCACUGGCAGUCAAGUAAUGUCCAGCCUCGGUAUAAACGAUGACGACCUCGAUGCGAGGCCCACUGAGGUGCUUAAUAUUCCUCCGUACGCCAACUGGACUGACCAAGGCUGGAACGUCCGGUUCCAUGGCAAUGUCUACAAAGUGCCUAACAUCUCCGAGUCGAAGCUGAACGACCUCGCAAAUGUGUUCCUCAUCGAUACUGAUAUCGAAGAUCUGCCGCCCGAUCAGCAAGCACAGGCCCGGAAUCUGACCCAAUCUAUCUUCAUCGUCCAACAGGGUCACGAGAAUGUCUCAUUCUACUUGGAGCCGGCGCCGAUGCAGGGUGCUGAUGGCGAGCCAGGCGGAGGCAACGCGAUCACCCCGCCUGGAGGAUCGCAGAAUAUCACAUUCCCCUACGAAACAACGGUUGAGGGGGAUUUCGACGCGUUUGUACCCAUCAAGAACGUUUCUGGUGGCGGCUUGCUCGCUGGCAACGAGACGAACAAUGUCCAGCGACUCAAUGUUUACACGGACGGUACGCUUACUGGGAACGCUACUGCCUUCCUAGUUCCGCCUCAGGGGAUAACGUUCAUAUCGGAUAUCGAUGAUAUCUUGAGGGUAACCAAGAUCUAUAAUCCAAAGGAAGGCCUCCUGAACUCCUUUGCUCGUCCUUUCACCCCCUGGAUGAACAUGCCGGACAUUUAUGCUAACUGGUCACGGACCUUGCCAAACGACACCCAUUUUCAUUAUCUGACCACCACCCCCGAGCAGGGUACCCGACUCUACAUGGACUUUAUCUACAAGACGUACCCGGGAGGCUCUUUCGAUACACGGCCUCUCAAUUUCUCCGACGUCCCCAACACCCUGUCCAUUCGGCAAUAUCUUCUCACGAAGAUUUUCCAGACCUUCCCCACACGAAAGUUUGUCCUCGUAGCUGAUACCUCCAAUUCCGACGUCAUGAAGGAUUACCCGCAAUUAGCACACGACUACCCGAACCAAGUCCAGUGCAUCUUCCUCCGUAACACCUCAGCGACCGAUCCAGAGGACUUCUUCCCUUACGAUACCUCUGGCUUCAAGGGAUUGAACAACCGAAGCUACAUGUUCUUCCAUGUUCCGGACGAUCUCCAAGGCCUUGACAUUGUCAACGGUCAAUGCUUGAACCAAUCGAUUCCGCAGAACGUCACUUUCAGUCGCCAGGAUGAGGUACUGGGCAUCCAUGGCGCUGGAGGGAAGUUGACGGGAAGCGCGACCUUGAGCUUCGUUGUGGCACUGGCAGCUGCUAUCCUAGUAGUCCUAUAAGGCGAUGCUUGUUGGAGGCCUUCGGAAGUGGAAUUUCAGAUACUACGUAGAUUCUCUUAUCUACGGUUACGCUAAUGUCUGCGCUUAGUGGGCCUAAGUUCAGUUGAGGUGGAUGGACACAUCACUGGUGGCGAAAUAAUGAU